UAUUCCUGUUUUAUUGGAGGGAUAGGCCCGGCAAGGUUAUGUAUACGAUUUGAGAACCUGACUUCCAUGGUUGUCCAAAUUCACGAUAACCCUAAAACCGCCCCCCAUAUCGUCCAAAUUCACAGUUCCCCUGUUGCUAUUUGUGACGGCACAUUUUUAAUAGAGACAAGUCCAGAGACAGAGAUAGAGAGCAAACAAAGGAGAACAUAGAGCUGAAAGGGAGAUGGGGUUCGAGGCGAAAUCAAAGACAUUGCUCGAUGAUUUGAUAGAGAAUGCCGGUGGAUGCGCGGUGAUCGAUGGGGGAUUAGGCACCCAGCUUAAGAGGCACGGCGCUUCCUUCAACGAAGCUCUCUGGAGCGCCCUUUGCCUGAUCAAUGAACCUCACCUCAUUCGCCGGGUUCACCUCGAAUACUUGGAGGCCGGUGCGGAUAUUUUGUUGACCUCUUCAUAUCAGGCCACCAUCCCUGGAUUUCUGUCCCAGGGGCUUUCCAUUGGAGAAAGUGAGUUGCUGUUGGAGAAGAGUGUUAAACUGGCUAUUGAAGCUCGAGAUGAGUUCUGGGGCUCUGUAAAAGAUACCCCUAGUCCUGGACAAAACUAUAAUCGUGCAUUGGUUGCAGCUUCCAUUGGAAGCUAUGGAGCUUAUCUUGCUGAUGGGUCAGAGUACAGUGGCUGCUAUGGCCCAGAUGUUACUUUGGAUAAGAUGAAGGAUUUUCACCGACGCAGAUUGCAAGUUCUUGCUCAAGCAGGUCCUGAUUUGCUGGCCUUUGAGACUAUCCCCAAUAAACUUGAAGCUCAGGCCUGUGUUGAGUUACUUGAAGAAGAGAACAUCAAGAUUCCAUCUUGGAUUUGCUUCAGCUCGGUUGAUGGUGAGAACGCUCCUUCAGGAGAGACUUUUAAGGAAUGCCUGGAUAUAAUAAAUAAGAGCAACAAAGUAAAUGCUGUUGGAAUAAAUUGUUCGCCUCCACAUUUUAUUGAAAGCCUCGUCUGCAAAUUCAGGGAGUUGACCGACAAGUUGAUAGUUGUUUAUCCCAAUAGUGGUGAGGUAUGGGAUGGCAAGGCUAAAAUAUGGCUGCAAUCAACAUGUUUUGAUGACGACAAGUUUGAGUUAUUUGCAACAAGGUGGCGGGAUAUGGGAGCUCAACUGAUUGGAGGCUGUUGUCGAACAACUCCUAAAACCAUUAAUUCGAUUUCAAGAGUGUUGAAGGGAUGGUCUUGAGUGAAGGUGACACUCCCUGCAUUUUUUCCCGUAUGUAAAGUCUAAAAAAGAAUUGCAUCGGCUAUGGCACUGAGAUUCGUCUAAGUUACAUUCUAAAUUUUAUUUAUAUGAAACUUCGAAAAGUGGAUUAUUCCUGACUGGGUUUAUUAACUUAUUUCGAACUAUGCCUCAAAGUUUCUUCUCUGCUAUGAAAUAGAAACAGUUUCUGUUAUCUAUUUAGAGACUACACAGUGGUUGAAUCAAGCAGGGAUAUCGACUUUUGCUGCCUCUUAUGUGCUUAAAGGAGGACUUCCCAGUUCACCAGAAUGCAAUUAAGUGACUGGGACCACAGCCCCACUAUCAUUUUCAGUCGCUAUUUGGAGGUUUAACCCCAGACUAUAUGUAACAACCAUUUUGGUUUGCUUUUGCUUAUUAUCAUUAAAGUUUGGGACUCUUGGUUCCUAAUUCAUAUAUGAAAAAUAUCAACGCAAUAUUCUCAGAUUGAAAAAUAUCCCUGAUCUUUCUGGAAAAAGCGAAAGAGAAGGAAUAUAAGAUGUUUGUGU